AUGAAAAAGUUCCGUAACAAAAACAAAGUGAACAUCAAGAAAAGACGAACAGACGAAAUAAUAGACAUGCGGUACAUAAGAGAUUUUUAUUUAAAAGAUUUCAAAUGUAUCAGUCCCCAAGUGUUGACCAUUGAAGAGGCCGGAGAGGCAAAGAGCCUUAGAUUGUUCGCGAAGCUGUGGUUUAGGGAAGUGAUGAAGGGGCUCAAACAAUUCCUUUAUGAGGGCUCUUUGCACGGAGUCAAAUAUAUUUUCGAGCCGUCGUUCAGUCACAAGGAACGUAUAGUUUGGAUAGCUAUAGUCGUGAUAAGUAUCAUCAUAUGUGCCAUGAAUAUCAUCCAGCUCGUCAGCAAGUGGACCUCCACACCGUUUGUUAAUGUCAUCGAUUCUUUACCCACACCAAUAUGGGCGAUACCCUUCCCAACUGUUGUUCUGUGUCCCCACAUUCACUUGAAGCUUUCGUAUAAGAAUAUAUCGGAAUUGAACGAAUUGGAAAAGUCAUUCGCGUCAUUGGUGUGCCCACAUAUGGUAUCCAAUCGUUCGACAAAUCAACGAUUAACUACGGAUCAGAAUAUAAAGCUUCAAGAGUUUAUUUUACAGGGAUCUCCGAAAUGUGAAGAAAUUGUGAAAUUCUGUCAUUGGCGUCCAGAGAAUAAUACAGAAUGGCAUUCGUCAGACUGCUGUGAAAAGUUCUUCAGGCCUGUUUUUACGGAAUAUGGGCUGUGUUAUACUUUCAACGAUCUGCCUUUAGGCGGAAUGACAAAUAGUACAUUAAAAUGGCAACAAACAUUUAACGAAAAUGUUUCAGCUACUCCUUUGGAGUGGGGUCUAGAUAUUGGGUAUCCCACUAUAUUCCCCCCUGCAGCUGAUAUAGUUCCUUACAGGGUAAUGGCUUCAGGGGAAGCAAAUGGAGUUGAUAUUGAACUGUACCUGAAUAUAAGUGAGCACCAAUUCAUUUGUGAUGGACAUUACCGAGGAUUUAACGUCCUAAUUAGAUCACCUACAGACCACGUAUAUAGCACCACGAUUCUGCGUCUUCCCAUGGACAAAAUGACGACCAUAGAAGUAACUCCAACCACUUACAAAACGGACACUUCCCUUCGGGCAUUGUCUCCUGAUCUAAGACAAUGUUUCUUCCAAAACGAAAGAAAGUUGGAAUACUUUGAAUUCUAUACAGAUAGUAAUUGUCAGCAGGAUUUAUUGAUGCGCGAAACAAUGAAGAGGUGUAAAUGUGUUAUGUUUAACUGGCCAAGAAAGUCUAUUUUGGAAUCGAUCUGUUCAACAAAUCAAGAUUUUAUUUGCAUCAAAGAAGUUAAAGCCUUAGUGGAGCAGCGUCUGAUCUACGCCUACUACAAAGACAGUGAUGAGCAAAGGGAACAUCACGAAUACUCCUCAUCUUGCUACCCUUCAUGCAAUGAUGUGCUUUACUCUAGCCAAGUUUAUUAUUCCGAUUUAGGAGAGGAACCGAAGAGGACAAACCCUCAUUGGAGUGCACCGAAAAAAGGUGAAAGGACACGCGUAAACGUACAUUUCUACAACGACAUGUUUCUGGGUCAGCACCGACACGCUCAGUACGACGACUACUAUUUUGCAGGUGCAAUAGGAGGUCUAUUCAGCCUCUUUUUGGGAUUCAGCAUCAUCAGUCUAGCCGAAAUUGUUUAUUUCGUCUUAUUAAAACCCAUAUACAUGGCCGUGAAAAAUACUUUCUGGAUACGUUAA